AUGAGGCUGGAGCAGUGCCUGCCCCUCCUGGGGCUCCUGCUGUGUGCAGGCUGUGUUGAAAAUGGCUUCCAAGUUCAGAACAACAUCCUGUCUCACCAGCAGAAUAUUUCUGAUGCCUUCAGCAUGAAUUUGGCACCACAGCUCAGCAGGAUGAAGAACUGCAGGCUCAUUGGUGCGUCCUCUCAAGAGGAGUUCCUGGUGGAGAUUUCUGGCACCACGGUGACCAUCACGUGUCCCUUGGACGACGACGACGACAACAUCCAAUGGGAGCUGUCUGGGAAAACCCAGGACACCAAGGAGAGGAAGUUCAUUAUAAAGGACCACGACAGCUCCCCUGCCAACCUCAGCUGCUCCUUGGGUAACGCGAAGCAUCAGCUGUACCUGAAUGCCAAAGUUUGUGCCACCUGCGAGGAGCUGGACGCCCUGAUGGUGGCAGGGAUCAUCACUGCAGACCUCCUCAUCACCCUGGGCGUGCUGAUCCUGGUCUAUUACUUCAGCAAGGGCAGGAAGGGACGAGCCAGCUCUGCUGGGGACAGCCGGCCACGAGGUCCGAAGAUGCAGCGGCCUCCCCCUGUCCCCAACCCGGACUAUGAGCCCAUCCGGAAGGGGCAGCGGGAGGUGUAUGCAGGCCUGGCCCCCAGGGCCAUCUGAAACUCCUCUGAUGGCAGCCUGGACAAGCAGCUCAGGGUGAAACGCUUCUGCCCACCUUGUCCCGGCUCUCUGCAGCUCUGGUGUUCUGGCCACAGGACAGGGACGUGCUGUCCCACCCUGGGGUGUGCUUGGGUUUGCCAGCCCGGAGCAGAAAUGAGCACAUUGGCACGAGAUUUCCUUCUCAUUAAAGGACUGCAACCUCA